AAAACAAGAACAAAGCUGGCUGGGAGAGUCAAUAUCGUUAAUCCCAACACUCCUGAAGCAGAGGCAGCUGCAGCUGGCUCUACCCAGUCCUAGCCGUUUCCGGCUGCGGGUGUCAACCCUAGCCAGACUGGUAACAUCAACUGCAGGCAGCUGCGACUCCGGACACCAAUUCUGACUGUGGCCCCGCUCACCGUAAGGCGGGCUUUUUCGCCACCUCCGGGCCACGCGACUGCCCCAAAGCUUGCCCAACACCCGGGAUCCCCAUAACUGAAGAACUCCACUCUAUUCUGCUCCGCCUGCCCGAGGAACUACACUUCCCAUCAGGGGCCAGGGCGGCUACGUCCUCUCCCAGCGCGCUCCGAGGUUCGGCAGGACGCGGUGAUUUACCCCUUAGUGGCUGCAGCCUCCUUUGAGCUUCAACCAGAGCAGGUGUGGAAGCCCAUGGAGGGAAAGCAUUAGUGAGCAAGACAGCCGCCCUGCCUUCCAGCUUCAGCCACCCGGGGCCGCCAUUCCUCCUUCAGAAUGCCGGAGGGCCCAGAGCUGCACCUGGCCAGCCAGUUUGUAAAUGAGACAUGUAAGGGGCUCGUAUUUGGCGGGUGUGUGGAGAAGUCCUCUGUCAGCCGCAACCCCGAGGUGCCCUUUGAGAGCAGUGCCUACCAUAUCUCAUCCUUGGCCCGAGGCAAGGAGCUGCGCCUGACCUUGAGCCCCCUGCCUGGUGCCCAGCCCCCUCAGAAGCCACUGUCCCUUGUCUUCCGCUUUGGUAUGUCUGGAUCCUUCCAGCUGGCAUCUGCAGAUGCCCUGCCGCCCCAUGCCCAUCUACGGUUUUACACGGCCCCGCCUGCCCCCCGGCUUGCCCUUUGCUUCGUGGAUAUCCGUCGCUUUGGCCACUGGGACCCUGGGGGUGAAUGGCAGCCAGGCCGUGGACCCUGUGUCUUGCUGGAGUAUGAACAGUUCAGGAACAAUGUACUUCGGAACCUAUCAGACAAAGCCUUUGACCGGCCCAUCUGCGAGGCCUUGUUGGACCAGAGAUUCUUCAAUGGCAUUGGCAACUACCUUCGGGCAGAGAUAUUAUACCGGUUGAAGAUCCCCCCUUUCGAGAAGGCCCGGACAGUUCUAGAGGCCCUGCAGCAGUACCGGCUGAGCCCCAAGCUGACCCUGAGCCAGAAGAUCAAGGUCAAACUGCAGAACCCAGACCUGCUGGAACUGUGUCACUUGGUGCCCAAGGAAGUGGUUCAGCUGGGGGGCAAAGGCUACGGGCCAGACCGUGGAGAAGAAGAUUUUGCUGCCUUUCGAGCCUGGCUGCAGUGCUAUGGCAUGCCAGGCAUGAGUUCCCUGCGAGACCGGCAUGGCCGUACCAUCUGGUUCCAGGGUGAUCCCGGACCCUUGGCACCCAAAGGGGGCAGGUCCCGAAAAAAGAAGCAGCCACAGGAGACACAGCUGGGGGCUGAAGACACAGAAGAGGACCAUCCGCUUCCAGGCAAGUCCAUUUCCAGGACUCGGAGGGCCAGGAAACCCCCUCCUAAGAGUAUAGCUCAACAGUCUGAAGGGACCAGCCUCCAAAUAAAGCAGGAAACCCCCACAGCCCCCAAGAAAGGAAAGAGAAGGGGGCGACCGGAAACCACAGGUGGCCGCAGACCCCGGAAGAACAAGGCUGAUACCCGAUCCCGGGAGGCUGGGGGAACUUCAGCCUCCUAGACAGAGGCUUCCUUGCUGGGUCUGUCCUUCCCUUGCUGUGAAUCUAGGGGCGUCUGAAUCCCUGGAAGCUGUGUUGGUAGGGCCCUGUGACUUUUCCUGCACAACCUUUUUGAAGCAGGGUCUUACAUAUCCUAGGCUGGCCUUGAGCUCAUAUGUACCUGAGGAUGACAAUGAACUCCUGAUUGAUCUUUCUGCCUUCAUUUCCAUAAUUGCUGGGAUUACAGGUGUGAGCCA